AUGACCAGACUCACAGUUCUAGCAGGCUUAUGCCUGGUGCUGUGCCAGCUGGGCUCAGCCUACCAAAUGGAGUGUUACUUCACCAACUGGUCCCAGUACAGACCUGGUGAGGGGAAGUACAUGCCCCAGGAUGUGGACCCCUACCUGUGCACCACCCUGAUCUACGCCUUCUCCAUCAUCAACAGCAACAACGAGCUGGUGACCUACGAGUGGAAUGAUGAGGUCCUCUACAAGGCCUUCCAAGCCCUGAAGGACAAGAAUCCUGGUCUGAAGACUCUGCUGGCUGUUGGCGGAUGGAACUUUGGCUCAACACAGUUCUCCAUCAUGGUGUCCUCUCCAGCCAAUCGUCAGCACUUCAUCCAGUCUUCUAUUAAAUUCCUGAGGACUCAUGGCUUUGACGGUCUGGAUCUGGACUGGGAGUAUCCUGGAGCUCGUGGAAGUCCUCCAGAGGACAAGCAGAGGUUCACUCUGCUCUGCAGGGAACUUGUUGAAGCCUACGCUGCUGAGGCCAAGGCCACCGGAAACACUCAGCUCAUGCUGACUGCUGCAGUGUCUGCUGGGAAGGGAACCAUCGAUGGUGGAUAUGAAAUCGCAGAAAUUGCCAAGGAGCUGGACUUCAUCAAUGUGAUGACCUACGACUUCCAUGGAACCUGGGAACAGUUUACAGGACACAACAGCCCUCUGUACCGCGGCUCUCAGGACUUUGGUGACCUCAUCUACUUUAACACUGACUUUGCCAUGAAGUACUGGAGAGACAACGGCACCCCAGUGGAGAAGCUGAGGAUGGGUUUCGCCGCAUACGGUCGCACUUUCCGUUUGACGUCAUCAAACACUGGUGUUGGAGCCCCAGCCAGUGGCCCUGCAGCAGCCGGACCGUUCACACGGGAAGCUGGAUUCUGGUCCUACUAUGAGAUCUGUGGCUUUCUGAAAGGCACUACACUUCAAUGGAUUGAAGACCAGAUGGUUCCCUACGCCACCAAGAACAACGAGUGGGUGGGAUUUGACACCAGGGAGAGCUAUGAGAUCAAGGUUUCCUAUCUGAAGGAGCAGAACUUUGGUGGUGCCUUUGUCUGGGCUCUGGAUCUGGAUGACUUUGCUGGACGAUUCUGUGGACAGGGCCCCCACCCUCUGCUGUCUCACCUCCACAAACUUCUUGGCAUCGGUAAAACUGAAGCGCCUACACGACCUCCUCCCACCACCCGUGACCCCAAUGAGACCACCACCUCCCCACCGUCCACCACCUCCCCACCAACCACCCCCACCACCCAUCCCCCAGGCUCUGGCUUCUGCAAUGGUAAACCUGACGGCAUCUAUGCCAACCCAGAUGACAAGACCAGCUUCUACAUGUGUGCUGGUGGCAUCACCCAUGUGCGACACUGUGGAGCUGGAUCUGUCUUUGAUGACAGCUGCAAAUGCUGCGUCUGGCCUUGA